CGCGCGGCAGACACCAGCGGCUGACACGAGCGGCCGCCGCGGGCGGAGGCUGCGCGCCGCAGACUGGAGCGCGAUGGCGGCGGCGCGGGUCUCGGGCUAGCUGCGGGCGGCGCGGAUGGCGGGCGGCGCGGGCUGGGCGGGCGCCCCCGCGGCUCUGCUGCGCUCCGUGCGCCGCCUGCGCGAAGUGUUCGAGGUGUGCGGCCGCGACCCCGACGGCUUUCUACGCGUGGAGCGCGUCGCGGCGCUCGGCCUGCGCUUCGGGCAAGGCGAGGAGGUGGAAAAACUUGUGAAGUGUUUGGAUCCCAAUGACCUGGGGAGAAUCAACUUCAAGGAUUUUUGCCGUGGAGUAUUCGCCAUGAAAGGGUGCGAGGAGCUGCUGAAGGACGUGCUGUCGGUGGAGAGUGCAGGGACCCUGCCAUGUUCUCCAGACAUCCCAGACUGUGUGGAGCAGGGCAGCGACUUCUCUGGCUCUACCUAUGCUGAUGGCGAGCUCCUCCCCAGGGAACCCGGCUUCUUCCAGGAAGACGAGGAGGAAGCGAUGACAUUGACCCUACCUGAGGGACCCCAGGAGCUAGACAUGGACAGCCCCAUGGAGAGCAGCCAGGGCCCGGAGGGCUCUGUCAGGAGUCCUGUGGAGGAGAAGGAGCCUGAGCUGGGGGGCCUGUUCCUGCCAGAGGACAACAACGAGGAACAAUUUGAAGACUAUGGAGAGGGGGACGACGUGGACUGUGCUCCCAGCAGCCCUUGCCCUGACGACGAGACCAGAACCAAUGUCUACUCAGAUCUAGGGUCAUCUGUGUCUUCCAGUGCGGGACAGACUCCCAGGAAGAUGCGACAUGCCUACAACAGUGACCUGCUAGAUGUGUACUGCUCUCAGUGCUGCAAGAAGAUCAACCUGCUGAAUGACCUGGAGGCCAGGCUGAAAAACCUGAAGGCCAACAGUCCCAACAGGAAGAUCUCAAGCACAGCUUUUGGACGGCAGCUCAUGCACAGCAGUAACUUCAGCAGCAGCAAUGGCAGCACCGAGGACCUGUUCCGAGACAGCAUCGACUCCUGUGACAAUGACAUCACAGAGAAGGUGAGCUUCCUGGAAAAGAAGGUAACGGAGCUGGAGAACGACAGCCUGGCGAGCGGGGGCCUGAAGAGCAAGCUGAAGCUGGAGAACGUGCAGCUGGUGCACAGGGUGCAUGAGCUGGAGGAGAUGGUGAAGGACCAGGAGACCACAGCGGAGCAGGCGCUGGAGGAGGAGGCCCGGCGACACCGCGAGGUCUACUGCAAGCUGGAGCGGGAGAAGAGCACAGAGCUGGAGCUGCUCAACACCAGGGUGCAGCAGUUAGAAGAAGAAAACACAGAUCUGAGAACGACAGUGACACGACUCAAGUCACAGACGGAGAAACUGGACGAGGAGCGGCAGCGCAUGUCUGACCGGCUGGAGGACACCAGCCUGCGGCUGAAGGACGAGAUGGACCUUUACAAGCGCAUGAUGGACAAGCUGCGACAGAACCGCCUCGAGUUCCAGAAGGAGCGGGAGGCGACGCAGGAGCUCAUCGAAGACUUGCGGAGAGAGCUGGAGCACCUGCAGAUGUACAAGCUGGAUUGCGAGCGGCCAGGCCGGGGCCGCAGCUCAUCCGGCCUUGGCGAGUUCAAUGCCAGAGCCCGUGAGGUGGAACUUGAGCAUGAGGUCAAGCGUCUAAAGCAGGAGAAUCACAAACUGCGGGAUCAGAAUGAUGACUUGAACGGGCAGAUCCUGAGCCUCAGCCUCUAUGAGGCAAAGAACCUCUUUGCCACCCAGACCAAAGCCCAGUCUCUGGCUGCAGAAAUCGACACAGCAUCUCGAGAUGAGCUAAUGGAGGCCCUAAAGGAGCAGGAGGAGAUCAACUUCCGACUGAGACAGUACAUGGACAAGAUUAUCCUGGCUAUACUGGACCACAACCCCUCCAUCCUGGAGAUCAAACACUGAGUCAGGGCUGGCUGCGGAGCGGCCGUCGGACCUGGGACCUAGGGGCAGGCCUGCCUGAGGACGGAGACGCAGGCAGGACCCCACACUCACUCUGUAAAUGUACCUCUGACCACCCUGUGUGUGUGCUGAUGUGUGGGUAGGAGGCUGUGAGCACACAGGCAAGGAGUGAGCUUGGGGCCAUGGCUGUGGGUGACAAGCCGUGGUGAGCUGUGUGUGCACUUUGAAGCCCCUUUGUGAGGGGCAGAGGGGACUGGAUGCGGUAGGGACACUCUCAGGAGUUAGCAGCAAGGACUGGAAGCUUGCAUUUCAGAUACUGAUGACAUGAUUCUACCUCUGUGGCUAAGGGUUAGAAGAUACUCUCAGGAGAUGGGUUCUCUCCCCUCCCCCACUGGAGUGAGGACAAAGCUGUUACAGUCUCCAGAAUUCAGUGUCCUUUUCAGCCUUUCAGGCCACCUGUCAUGCCGGGUUUUUUUCUUUUUUCUUUUUUUUUAAGCUCAGAGGAGGAAGGGGUAUGGAGAGAACCCUGUGGGCUAGCCCUCUGGGGUACAGGUAAACAGGUCAGUGGACUGCUUACAGAGCAGCUAGCGUGUACUGUCCAUGCCUUUGGGCUGAGUCCCUCGUAGUUUUCUGUGCCCUUCCCAGCCAGUCUUGCUUGCCUACCUCCUCUUUCUGAUUUGGCUUCAUUUUGUUUUGGAGAUGGGAAAUAUAAGCAGCAUUCAGCUAGGGGUGGAAGGAAGGCCAAGAAGAAGGGUAGGGUGCCAGGGCUGGUAUGUGUUAGCACUGGGGGCCAAAAGGAGUGACUGGGAGAAAGGUGUGUUUUCAUGGCUGCCUCGUCACGUGUGACCUGUCUGGGUUCCAUGCUCCUUGGUGAAAGGACAAGUGUUUCCAAGACAACACCCUUUCCUCCAGCUUUCUGAUCCGCCUGAGCCUGGUCCCCAGUUAGAGAGCAGACACUGCUGUUGGGAGAUUCAGUGAAAAGCAUUGGGGGACCUUAGUCUUCCGUUCUGUGGAUACAUGAUGGGAAUUCACCCCGGGGUGUGGUGGUGGGGGUGUUACAAUGUGAUCUGGGGAGUAGGUACUGUACUUGGAGUGUUCUGAUUUAUCUGUUUCAUACGGCUUCUGAUUGGCUUCCCUACCCCAGCUAUAAACGUGUAUGGUCUCAAGUCUUCCCCUUCAGUUUGUUUUCUGGAGCACAUCUUGUGUAAAAAGGAAGGUUUGGGUUUGUUGGGGAGGCUAGUGAGGAAAGGAGGCACAGUUGAAGGUAAAGAGGGGGCCUAGGGUGUGUGUCCUGCUCGGCAGAGACAGGGCUUUGGCCAGUUUCAGUCCAGUCACUGUGCUUUCUUUGGCUUUUGAGAUUCUUUCUAAUCAUGUGCAUGGAGUUCACCUCAUGAGGCACAGAUGGGGUGUGUGCCUGGUCUGCCUGGCUGAGCCACAGGAAGACAGGAAGGCUUGCUCUGGGGAUACAGGGUCUCCCUGGGGUCUGGGAAGAUAGAAAGGAGGCUGGGUAGGUAGGGAGUCUCUUUACUUUAAAAUGUAUUUUUAAAGUGUUCUGGGUUAGAAAGCCACAUCACCCAUGGGAGGUUCCAGAACUUUCCUUGCUUGGGAAGAAUCGAAUCUGUUUCUGCUGCCUCCUUGGUUCACUUUCCAGUUGUGAGCUCCCCCUUGACUUUCAUGAGUCUAGAUGUUAGACUUGGCGUUCACUUAGACUUGGAUUUCAGAUAAACAAGUGGUUUUAGAAUCACCAUGUUCCAUUCCGUACUUGACGGUUAGGAAGCUUUUUAACAUUCUGAUCCACAUGUUCUAACAGUUGGUUCAGGUGUGGCCCAGGCUUUGGAAUGUUUUAAGAAUGCCUCAGGUGAUGCUAAUUUAGUUAGGUCUCCUGUGAAGGGGGCGGUGCUCUUUCCAAGUUGACAACUCCCUCAGGAAAGGGUCAGCAGUAACUUGCUGAGGUCCAAGUAGGUUGGGGGCCAUGUUGAAGUACACCGUCCAUGUGACUUAGCCAUCCUUGUAUUCCACUGAGACCCAAACAAAAUGUCUCCCUGGUUUGUUUUAGCUUUGAAUUAGAUUUUCUUUUAAAUCAGGAGUUUUCUUUGAGACAACAGAGGACAAUCCUUUUGAAAAUUUGUUUCUGAUAUGCUAAAAACACAAGGCUCAAGGACCAAGCAGAACACCAGGCCUUGAGCCUGAGUCUACCGGUUUGGCUGUGUGCUGAUGUCGUAUAUCUGAUGCUGGAGGGCUUGGAAGUGUAGCACAGGGGUGGAGUGCCUGGCAUGAGGAAAGAAGUUGAUGACAGGACCAACUCUGACUUCCCUUUAUAACUGGUGGCAUAGGGUGGCCCAGCACCUGUAUCUUCAGUGGUCUUCCCAAGUAUUGUUCACGAACAGCUCAAGGUGGAGGCUCCUAAAAUGUGAAAUGUCUGCUGAGUUCCAGCAGGGCUGGAGAAGCAUGCCUGUGGCUGAGAGGAUGGAUAAUUAUGCCACCAAGUAGUCCUUGCCCUGAGAGAGUCCAGCUGCUUCCACUACUCUGGAAGUCUUACCCUAGAGAGACAGCAAACAAGUACCAGCGUGUGACUGGGCAUAGGCCCAUUGGGAAGUGGAGGCCGGUAGGCAGGGAAGAGCUGGACCUUGAGAGCAGCCUCAGAUGCAGUGGCCACCUGCCCCCGUGGGUUUUGUUCAUUUCCUGAGGGUGUCCCAGUUGCUUUCCUGUCAGUGCCAAAUCAGCACCCAACCUACACUCUGGAGACUCUAGGUAAUGAUCUGAUAGCUUGUUAGUCCUGAGUUGUGGUCCUUACUAGUUCUGAUGGUCCAGGGAUGGUUGGUACAUAUCAGGCUGUAUAGGGGAUCCAGAGACUCUAAGCAAGGCCCAAGGAAUCAGGACUUCCCUCAUCUGAGGGGUAUUGGCAAAUCUACACCUGUCUGUAGACAUGACUCCCGGGACCUGGGAAAGAUUUAGAGUAUCACUAGGAUGUCCAGUGACUCUGUAGAAGACCAGCUCUUUAGGGCUUCAGUGUUGCCCCUUAUCCCCAGUCUCUCCUCCCACCCCACCCCUCACUGGGGCCCAAGGACUUCCCUCUGUGGUGGCUUCUCAGGUUGGUAUCACUACGUGGGGGGUCUCAAGUUAGAGGAGCCAGAUCUUCACAGGAUCUCCCUGUCCUGACUUCCACGCUGACAGAAUGCACUUGCAAUGGAUGUAUGAGGAAAAGGUAGAGGAUGUAUCAGGGAGGGAUAGCUCUGUGGCUCAGCUAAGAAAGCCAUUUCUAGAAAAGGCUUUGUUUCUGAAAGCAUAGCAAGGUGACAGGCCUUGUCACCCUAUUCACUCCAGGCUGGAUGGCUUCGAUGUCCCUUCCUUGUGGACUCCUCCUCCCAUCAUGACUGUAUUGUGGGGAUGUGCACUCCUGAGGUACCAUCUGGAGAGUAGCAUCCCAGGCCACCUCUCCUACAGGCCUAGGUUCUGAUGGCCCCGUCUCUUGUUGGGACUGUCUGCUUUACUGUUCUGCACUGUUUGUCUGCAUGGUUGGGUCCUUGUGCCUUUUUUCCUUGUCACCACCACACAGGAUUCUGUUACCCACUGCCCCCUUUUGUAUACCCCCUUACCCUUUCUCCCUCUGUCCUGUGUGUACUCACGUGUGCAGCCAUAAUGCCUCUACUGAGGCCAGCUGGCAAACACUUUAACCCACCAGGCCCUGAUUGCCCAUAGCCCCCGACUCUGUUGACUUGGUAACAGAGUCUUUUGUACAGGAUUUUGUUACAAUCUUAAGCAUAGGGAUCACUUAAUCCCCAUGGACCUGCAGCUAGUUUAGAAGCCCUGCAUCCCAGACAAGGGUAGCUUUGUGCAGACCAGCCUCUCCCACAGACCUCUUCCUCCUGGGUUCAGAUAUUUGUAGAAUCCGGGGAGAGACAGAUCUCCUUUAGCACAAGGCACUGGCCCCAGCAGGGAGGUUGCAGUCUGCAAAGCUCUGUGCAUGGCUCUCCUGGAGGAAGCCCUAGCCACAUGGUUUCCAGUGCUUGGCAAUACAUCUGGGUUUAGGGCCAUUGCCUGUCGUGUCUCCCCAUGUGUGCUGAAGGAAGUCGUUUGCCACUGUCCCUGCCUGCUCUCAUCACCUGCUCAGCCCUUCCUUGUCUGCUGGUGCUCAGACCAGAGUGCCAUUAAUCACCAGACUAAUGUCAGGACCCGCACAGGGCAGAGUGUGCUGAGGACUCAUGGCCUGUCGGCUCCCCGCUUCAGCCUUUCCUGUGGGGCUGGGCCUUCUGGGGCCGAGGUGGAAGAAGCUAUAGGCAGAUAGGUUCUCACUUUCCAGGGAUUACAUCUGGGGCUUUGCCCUAGAAGCCAGUAAUUGCAAAAGGCCUUAGCUUUGGGGCUGGGGAGAGACUUCCACUUUAGGUCCCAGGGAAAGGAGUGGGGUGCAUCCAGGCCCUGAACUGUUUGUUUCCACUCUGUUCUCUCCAAAAAUGGGCUUUCAGUGGUGGGUACCUUCCAAGGAACUGUAAUGUACAGACCACAGUGUAAAUAAAAAGUUGGCUUUUUGUGCCUGA